CUCUGGUUAGUCACCACUGCUAACCGACUGCUCCUUCCGUUUCGCCUAUCUCAAAGUUUAGCAUUUGCUUAGUCUUUAGCUCUAGUGGGGUUCUACGACUUCCACCACUGGUCCAGACUUGAAAACCUCAACAGAUUAAUAUAAAUAAGAGAGAACGGGAAGCCAUCGAAGAACUACGGAUUAGCUUUGUCUGGUUUCUUCGUGUUUUCCUUCUCCCUUCUUGUGUCUUUCGUUCGUAAUUCUGAAAAGCCAAGCAUUUCGCUCGGUUUUUGUAAUUUGAUUGCAUAAUAAGGAGGAACUUUUAACGAUUUGUGAAUUAGGGUUUUAUUCUGAGUUUUUUUCUGCUGGGAUUGGUAAGGGCAUGAGGUUGAACGGAGAGAUCUCAUCGUUUCUAAAUGAGGAGGAGAAGGAAAACGAGAUGAAUUCACAGUCGUAUUCGAUUGGUCUUGGGUUUCCGCAUCUGCAGAAACUCGUGGUUGGAUAUGCUCUAACGUCGAAGAAGACAAAGAGCUUUAUGCAGCCUAAGCUCCAGGGAUUGGCUAGGAAUAAGGGGAUAAUAUUUGUUCCAAUUGACCAAAGCAUAUCACUUUAUGAUCAAGGUCCUUUUGACAUUGUUCUACAUAAGUUAACAGGGAAAGAAUGGCGCCAAAGAAUUGAGGAUUAUAGGCUUAAACAUCCAGAAGUUACCGUCCUUGAUCCUCCAGAUGCCAUACAACAUGUACACAAUCGCCAGUCCAUGCUCCAGGAUGUAGUCGAUCUUAACCAGUCUGAUUGCUAUGGAAAAAUUGGUGUGCCAAAACAGUUGGUUGUUAAAAAGGACCCAUCAUCCAUCCCUGAUGCAGUUAGUAAAGCUGGGUUGAUACUGCCUCUAGUUGCGAAGCCACUAGUUGUUGAUGGAACUGCGAAGUCUCAUGAACUUUCUCUUGCAUACGAUCAAUUCUCCCUCUCAAAACUUGAACCUCCUCUUGUUCUACAGGAGUUCGUCAAUCAUGGUGGUGUUCUCUUUAAGGUUUAUAUUGUAGGUGAAGCGAUAAAAGUGGUCCGGCGUUUCUCUUUACCUGACAUUGAUGAACGUGAACUUUUAUGCAACGCUGGUGUGUACCGUUUCCCUAGGGUUUCUUGUGCUGCUGCUUCGGCAGAUGAGGCAGAUCUGGACCCCUGUGUUGCUGAACUUCCCCCACGACCUUUACUUGAGAGGCUUGCAAGAGGGCUCCGACGUCAGCUGGGUCUCCGGUUGUUCAACAUAGAUAUAAUUCGAGAACAUGGAACCAAAGAUCGAUUUUAUGUUAUUGACAUAAACUAUUUCCCUGGGUAUGGUAAAAUGCCAGAAUAUGAACACAUAUUUACAGACUUCCUCCUUAGCCUGGUACAGGGAAAGAAAAAGAAACGGUCUAUGAGUAACUGUUGAAGGCAUCCAUGGAAAAGUGAGAAGACAUCGUUGCAAAAUGUUAAAUUGAUGUUCAAAUGUGUUUUCACAGGAAUAUAUUUUUUUGUCCCAUCCUUUAGUUUGAUGUACAGCAUCCUGUAUAACCUAUGCUUGCAGCUGUGAGGUUUACACGGGGAAAGGUGGAAGAAGGUAUCUCCCAUUUAACUUGUGUAAUUUCCUGACCGGUAUGACGACACACCCUUCCCAAAGCUUCUGCCAUGUACAUUGAAACUUCUUCAAUAAACAUAGAAUUCUCUUUUAUCACUCAAA